GGCUCUUCCGGUGUCAUGGCGGUAAAGUGAGGCGCUGGAGCACGUUGUGUAGAGUCUCUGGUGUUACUGUGCUACCUUUUGUGAUUUCUGCUGGCUGCACUCUGCAUGGGAAAGUCUCCGUGAGAUCCUGAAGCCACGCAAUGGUGAUGUUGUGGGAGGAAGCCAGGGAUGGCACGGAAUCGGGAGGAGGUCUGAAAGAAAGUGGCCCGAGCCAGCUCCGGGGAACCACGGCUUAGCUCCGGACCCUGAGGAUCUCCUGGUCUUUGGAAGCAGUGACCUCUCAGGAUGUGGCUGUGAACUUCACUAUGGAGGAGUGGGCUUUGCUGAAUCCGUCCCAGAAGAAGCUCUAUAGAGACGUCAUGAGGGAAACUUUUAGGAACUUGGCUGCCAUAAGAAGAGCUUGGGGCAACCAGGAAGUUGAAGAAGAAUACAAAAAUUCCUGGAGAAAUCUAAGAAAUGAAGAGGUAGAGAAAUACUGUCAAAAUAAAGGUUGGAAUCAGCAUGAAGAAAUACUCUUUUGGACUCCAGAUGCUAAUACACGCAUGAAACAAACUGAUUUAAAGCCAGCCAAAAGUCUUGCUUGCAGAAAGUCCCUGCAUGGUGUGCCCACCAUAGCUCAAUCUGGACUGAAGACAUCUGAGUAUAUGGGGUCAGAAGAAAAGAUGGAUAAGUAUAAUAAACAUGAAAGAACCUGCAGUGAUCUCCACUCCUUUCAGAAGGAUGCAAAGACAAAGACUAGAGAGAAACCUUAUGACUAUGGUCAGUAUGGGAAAUCCUACUCUGAUCUUAGUGAAAAAACUCACCUUACAGAGACCUUUGUAUGUGAGAAAAAUUUGAAAUUCUCUAACAUUCCCCAUGAUGUUCAGAUUCAUGAAAAUAACCACAAUGAGGGAAAACGCCAUGUAUGUAGGGAAUGUGGAAAGACUUUCAGUAGGCGUCAACAAUGUAAACAACAUGAAAGAAGUCACACUGGGGAGAAACCUUACGUAUGUAAGCAGUGUGGGAGAGCUUUCAGCAUACGUAGUAAUUGUCAAAAACAUGAAAGAACUCAUACUGGGGAGAAACCUUACGUAUGUAAGCAGUGUGGGAGAGCUUUCGCCAUACGUAGUAAUUGUCAAACGCAUGAAAGAAUUCAUACUGGGGAGAAACCCUAUGAAUGUAGGCAGUGUGGGAGAGCUUUCGGUAGGCGUGAACAUUGUAAACAACAUGAAAGAACUCACACUGAGAAGAAACCCUACGUAUGUAAGCAGUGUGGGAAAGCUUUUAGCAGAUCCUAUAAUUGUCACACACAUGAAAGAAGUCACACCUGGGAGAAACCCAAGCCCUAUGUGUGUAAGCAGUGUGGGAAAGCUUUUAGCACACGUGGUGAUCAUCAAAAACAUGAAAGGACUCACAAUGGGGAAAAACCCUAUGUGUGUAAACAAUGUGGGAAAGCUUUCAGCACACAAAGUAAUUGUAAAAUGCAUGAAAGAAUUCACAUGGGGGAGAAACCAUAUGUAUGUAAACAGUGUGGGAAAACUUUCAGCACACACAAUGGUUUUAAAACACAUGAACGAAUUCACACUGGGGAGAAACCCUAUGUUUGUAAGCAAUGUGGAAAAGCGUUUAGUACACAAAGUGCUUGUAAAGUACAUGAAAGAAUUCACACUGGGGAGAAACCCUAUGUUUGUAAGCAAUGUGGGAAAGCGUUUAGGGCACCAGGUGGUUGUCAAAUACAUGAAAGAAUUCACACUGGGGAGAAACCCUAUGUUUGUAAGCAAUGUGGGAAAGCUUUCAGUAGGGGUCAUCAUUGCAAACAACAUGAAAGAACUCACACUGGGGGAAAACCUUAUGUACAUAAGCAAUAUGGGAAAGUUUUCACAAGAAAGAGUACUUUUCAAACACGAAAGAAGUCACACCAAGGAGAAACUCAAACCCUAUGUAUGUAAACAGUGUGGGAAAGCUUUUGGUACACAAGGUGACUAAAAUACAUGAAAGAAAUCACAUGGGAGAAACCCUACAUAUGUAAGCAAUUUGGGAAAGCUUUUAGUACACAAUGCUAUUGUAAAAGUCAUGAAAGGACUCAUACUCAGCAUUAAUUCUGUAUAUGUAGGCACUGUAAAAAAAAAAAAAAAAAAAAAAACAGCACUCAUGGAAUUUACCAAAGACAUAAAACUCAAAAUGAGAAAUUCUAUGUAUGCAAGCAAUAUGGGACGGCUUUGGGUAAACACAUCAUCAAACAUAUGAAAGAAGUCUCACUGAGGAGGAACUUGGUAUGUAAGCCUACUUUCAACUCCUGUGAAAAUUUCUCAUGUAGUGAAGAUCUGUAGGAAUAAUAAAUACAAAAAGUUUGAUGUAUUUCUUAAAAAUAAAAUACCAGAUAGCAAUAUCCUAAAGUAUAUACAUUAGGUUUUUCAGUAAAUCACUUCAAUAUCUCCUUGUGUGUCUGCAGUUUUUCAUGAAAAAAUGGCAAGCUAACAUAGUGGCACAGUUUUUCUCUCUGAGCUUAAUACGUACUGUUUUAAUAAAGCAUGGUGAGUUGAAAUGUA